UUUGGGGUUGGGGUAUUUCUGCUUGUUUUGUAUUUUGUUUAAUGUGUUUCUGUACAUGGUCCAAGUUCGUCCAAGUUUGUGUAAAAGUAAGUUUAAAAGUGAUUGGGUUUUCUUUUGGUGGUGGGGCCAAACUCUUUCCAUAUAUUCGUAUUGCAUGUUUUCUUUCCCUGAAUUUCCAUUGGCUUAUGGAAAUUACCUUAAAUGAGCUGUUUAUUGGAAGAGAAGGGUGAGAGCAGUAAUUUAGAUUAACAUGUUCAAAGGCUCAGCAGUAGGAUGCACAGAGGCACAGUCUCAUCAGAGGAGUGGGCCCCUGUCUCUGUCACUGGGGAGCCACCAGCCCCAUUGCCCAGGUGUGACAUGCAGCAGGAUAAGUCCCCAGGAGACUGUCUGGAACAGCUUACAAGAUCGAAGGGUCUAACUGCCUAGAAAAUAGGGAUCGUAUGGGAUGCAAGAGAAAAGCGUCUUGUGGCUGUACAAAGUUACAGGGUGCUCCUGCGAGGGACUAAAGGAAGGUGGCUUGAGGAGGAACAAGUAUGGGAAAAUAAAAGGAUGAGAUAAAGAGCCUGGUCAGUUGGAAACAAGUGACUGGUCAAUCUGUUUGACUGUGUCCUGGGCCAGAUUGCCACAGCUUGUCCUCUUUUCUCAUUAGGGUGCCUUUCUAACUGUUUUGCUGGGCGAGAGGACUCUGUGCCCUAUUCUUGUGUGCAUACUGAGCUCUAAGUGCCAGCAGCUGGAGAUGCAUGUAACAAGAGCAAUUUUAACAGCUGUUGCAGCAGAUAACUGAAAUUGUAUGGCAGAGAGACACCUAAUUUUGAAAAGUAGAACAAUGGAGACCUUUUCUUCUGGAAGGUGGUGUAGCUAUGCUGGGUAGCUAUACCCAUGCAUGGCAGCAUGGAAAGAAAAGCAUUACCACAUGUGAGAGCUGCUUCACUCUCAAAUGGUCUUGAUCUGCAUGUGUACAAUAAAUCUGAUGGAUUUCUGCAAGUGCCAACCUAACAACAUGCACACCUGCAUUCCAUCCUUUACUUUCCCUUCAGGAGAGAGGAAGAGCAGACAGAAAGCUGGAAUUUGGAUGUCUCACCUUCAGGAGAUGGCCUCUUCUAAGUCUUUGAUGAACCUUCUGACCUUCACUUUUGGCUCAGCAAUAGGAUUUUUCGUCUGCUAUCUUCUAUUUAGCAUUAUACUAGAAGAGCAGGUUAAGAUCCAGCCUCAUGUUCUUCACAAUGAUCCACACGGUCAACACUUAGCAGAUACUGACAACAAUCAGCUGCAAGGACAAAUGAAUUUCAAUGCAGAUGCUGGACAGCAUAAAGAUGAGGAUAAAAAUAUUGCAGAAGGACUGUAUCACAAGGUGAAAAUACUGUGUUGGGUCAUGACUGGACCUCAAAAUCUAGAAAAGAAAGCCAAGCACGUUAAGGCCACUUGGGCCCAACGCUGUAAUAAAGUACUUUUUAUGAGCUCUGAGGAAAAUAAAGACUUCCCAACUGUGGGCCUAGAAACCAAAGAAGGCAGAGACCAACUGUACUGGAAGACUAUUAAAGCUUUUCAAUAUGUAUAUGACAAUUAUUUUGAUGAUGCUGAUUGGUUUAUGAAAGCAGAUGAUGAUACAUAUGUUAUAUUGGACAAUUUGAGAUGGCUUCUUUCAAAAUACAGUCCUGAACAACCAAUAUACUUCGGAAGAAGGUUUAAGCCUUAUGUGAAACAGGGCUACAUGAGUGGAGGAGCAGGGUAUGUUCUGAGCAAAGAAGCUCUGAAGAGAUUCAUUGCUGCAUUUAAAACGAACAAAUGCACUCACAGUUCCUCUAUUGAAGAUCUGGCACUAGGAAAAUGCAUGGAGAUCAUCAAUGUGGAAGCAGGAGAUUCUAGGGAUACAAGCGGUAGAGAGACUUUUCAUCCGUUUGUUCCGGAACAUCAUUUAAUCAGAGGAUACCUCCCAAAAACAUUCUGGUAUUGGAAUUACAAUUACUAUCCUGCUGUAGAGGGUCCUGGAUGCUGCUCUGAUCUAGCAGUCUCAUUCCACUAUGUUGACUCUGUGACUAUGUAUCAUUUGGAAUAUUUGAUUUAUCAUCUUCGUCCAUAUGGUUAUUUGUAUAGGUACAAUCCUGACUUAUCAAAGAAUCCAGAAGAGCAGAGCAAAAAUGAAGCACUGGAGGAUAAUCAAAAGCUAAAGCAAAAAAUUUCUGAGAGCUAAUUGGACUUUGAAAAAAACCAAAAAUAAGCCAGUACAAUGAGUAAGAGUCUCUUCAAACUUGUGCAUGAAACUUGUGGACUGAAAUCACUCCUGGUGAUUCUUAUUUCAAAAGUCAAGUUGG